AUGGAUACUUCGUAUUCAAACUCAUUCAACCCUCUCUAUAUUUCUCACUUUUUGUUCCUUUUGUUUUUGGCAUCUUCAUGUCUGCACACUAGCAGUCACUUCUGUUUCUGUUUGGUUGAUGGAGUUCCAAGCACUGGUAGUGUGAGAUCAUGCAUCGAGGAAGAGAGAAGUGCGCUUCUCAGUUUUAAACAGGAUCUCAAGGAUCCCUCUGGAAGGCUUUCUUCUUGGGCGGGUCGCGAUUGCUGUCAAUGGCAAGGGAUUUCGUGUAACCGCAAUGGUCAUGUGGCCAAGCUGAACCUCCGAAAUCCAUAUCCAUAUGGCUGGAAUACUGAAGAUCUCAACAUCCAGGAUCCACAUUCAUAUGUUUGGAGGUAUGAUGAAAGGUGGGACGAGUUGGCUUAUUAUGAGGAGUCUUAUUUGUGGGGUAAGAUAAAUCCUUCUUUGCUUAGCUUGAAAUAUUUAAAUUAUCUGGAUCUAAGCUACAAUGAUUUUAAUGGGAUUCACAUUCCUAAGUUCUUUGGGGAGCUUAAAAGUCUGGGGUAUCUCAAUAUAUCCCAUGCAUCAUUUUCGGGAGAGAUUCCCCCUUCUCUCGGUAACUUAUCAAAAUUGAACUAUCUUGAUAUUGAUAUGUCUUCUUCUGAUUAUGCUACCACAAUGCAUUCCAAAAGCUUGAAUUGGCUUUCUCAUCUCGCUUCCCUAAAAUACCUCAAUCUCAAUGGAGUGAAUCUUAGCAGCACAGGAGUUCCAAAUGUGUUGCAUCAUGUUAACUUGCUUCCUUCCUUACUGGAGUUACACUUAUCUGGUUGCUUGUUUGAAAGCCUUCCACUAUCACUACAGAAGAUUAACUUCACCUCACUUUCGGUCCUUGAUUUUUCGUAUAAUUCGUUCAAUACUUCUUCAUUUCCCAGCUGGCUUUUCAAUCUUACCAACCUCAGAAAACUUGAUUUAAGCGGGAAUUCUUUCGGUGGUCCUUUUCCCGAUGAACUUGCAAGCCUCAAAUCUCUGGAAUACCUAGCUUUAACUGAGUUGGGCCUCAAAGGUCGAAUUCCCAGAGUCAUUGGAAAUAUGUGCAAGCUAAAGUUUUUAAGUCUUAGUGGGAACGAUUUUUAUGGUGAGAAAAUUGAAGAGUUUUGGAGGAGUUUGUCAAAUUGUCCAAAUAAUACAAUAGCAUUAGAAUCCCUAGAUUUGUCUUAUUGUGGGCUCGAAGGCCAACUGCCGGACUCCUUAGGAAUGUUAACAAGUUUGCAGCAUCUCAACCUCUACAAUCUCUUUCUUUGGGGUUCAAUUCCAGAAUCUAUUGGAAACUUGUCAUCCUUGAAAACACUGGACCUCCAUAGUAGCAAUUUGAACGGCUCCAUUCCAAAAAGUUUGGGAAAACUCUCCCAACUAGUUGAACUGGAUCUAUCUAAUAAUUCAUGGGAAGGCAUUCUAACGGAAGCCCAUUUCAUAAAUCUCACCAGAUUAAAAGCCAUUUCAAUAUCCAGUGAGUUGGAAGAAAAGCCCAUGUCCCUCGUCUUAAAUGUGACUUAUGAUUGGGUCUCUCCUUUCAAGCUCCACACACUUAACAUGAGAGACUGCAGAGUAGGUCAUGGUUUUUGGGUAUUGCUUCAAUCUCAAACUGAACUAGUAUAUGUCAGCCUUCGUAAUACUUUCAUCUCGGGUUCCAUAUCAGAGGAAUGGUUGUCAAAGAUAUCUUCUCAAGUCAAACUUUUGGAUUUAUCUUACAACAACUUCAGUGGAAGGCUUCCAUUACAAUUGAAGUUUCCAAAGCUAUCUCGCAUCAAUUUGGGUCAUAAUCAAUUGGAGGGCCCACUUCCAAUUUGGCCCACUAAUGCCUCAUUCUUAGAUCUUCAAAGAAAUUUAUUUUCCGGGCCAAUUCCCUCCAAUUUAGACCAAUUGAUGCCUAAAUUGGCUCAUCUUGAUGUUUCUGAGAAUCAUUUGAAUGGUACUAUUCCACUCUCUAUUUGCAACGUGAAAGGUAUGGAAGUUAUUUCGCUAAGAAACAAUCAACUAUUUGGAGAGUUCCCUCAAAGGUGGAGUUUGUGGAGCAGAAUAUUCAGUAUUGAUGUCUCACACAACAAUCUUUCUGGUAAUAUUCCGAGUUCAAUGGGUAUCCCAAGUUCUCUUGGAAAUUUUAAGGUGAAUAAUAAUAAUUUUGAUGGCGAGAUUAUUUUUUCCUUGCAAAAUUGUACUGAUUUGAUCAUACUUAAUCUUGGACACAACAAAUUCACUGGAAACAUACCUUUAUGGCUUGGAUCAAAACUAUCCGGAUUGAUAGUGUUACAACUGCGAUCCAACCUUUUAAGUGGGCAUAUCCCUCACCAUUUCUGCAAUCUUUUCUACCUUCGCGUCCUAGACCUUUCUCACAACAACUUUUCAGGGACCAUUCCCAAGUGUCUGAAAAAUACUACUUCUUUCAGCAUAGAUGUCCUGAUCUUUGAUACAUAUAAUGGACAAACGACAAUAGAGUCAAAAGGGAAAGAGCUCGAAUAUAGAGAUGACCAGUUAAUCUCAUGGGGAAACAUGAUUGAUCUUUCGUCAAACAAUUUUGAAGGUGAAAUCCCUGAACAAGUAGGCAGUACGGUUGAAUUGAAUACAUUGAACUUGUCGAUGAAUCGAUUAACUGGAGAGAUUCCUUCAAGCAUCGGAAAAUUAUGUUGGCUUGAAACUCUUGAUCUCUCACACAACCAGCUUUCAGGACAUAUCCCUCAAAACUUUUCUUCUUUAACCUCCCUAUCUCACUUGAACUUAUCUUACAACAACUUGAUUGGAAAUAUACCUUCGGGAAACCAACUCCAAACCCUCGAUGAUCCAUCUAUUUAUGAAGGCAAUCCGUUAUUGUGUGGGGCUCCUCUUUCAACUAUUUGCCCUGGAGAUGAUACACGUUCAAGGCAGACUUUUACUUCAGAAGAUCACAGUAAAGAUGAAAACGAAAUGUUUUGGUUUUAUGUUGGCAUGGCACUUGGUUUCAUUAUAGGCUUUUGGGCUGUUUGUGGAACGUUGGUCCUAAAGAAGUCAUGGAGGUAUGCAUAUUUUAAAUUCUUUGACAACGUGAAAGAGAAAGUAGCCUUAAUAAUUGCAUUGAAAGUAGCUCGUUGGCAAGGGGGAUUAUGA